CACCGCCGCCACCACCACCUGUUGACUUUACACUCUUGCUCUUCUUCUCAUCCACUCACCGACCACUCGGCACAUACACACCUCCCAACUUCCAUACUUGCACCUCACACUCACCCCGCACCCAAGCCAUGCCGGCCACCUCCGCGACCCCCGCGGUCGCCACCGGCCAACAGCACCAGCACCCAAGCUUACCACCCGGGCCUUCGUCGCCCGUGUCGAGUCGCAUUCGCACCAGAGACGCUCUCGACGCCGAGAACGCCGAGGCAGAGCUUGACAGCCCCCGCCGCGCAAAGAUCGCUCGCACCCACUCUUCGGCGUCGUCGUCGUCCCUCGCGGCGCCCCAGGCGGCAGAUGCACACAACGCACCUUCCCCGGACACCAAAGCGCCCGAGACCCAAGACACCUCAGCCGAGGCCCUCGCAUUCCAGGAGGAGCUGGAGUGCGGCAUCUGCGCCGGCGUGUUCAUUGAACCCGUCGCUCUCAAUGGCUGCGGCCACGUCUUCUGCGGCAGCUGUGUCACUCAGUGGAUCGGGUCGCUACCCCAGUACCCUGCCUCCCUACUUCCCGGCGACCCCGUUCCUGAGCCCAUCUGCUGUCCGCAGUGCCGCCACUCUCCUAUCCAGACUGCAACGCCGUCGCGCAUGGCCAAGACCAUGGUCGCGCUCCUGCUCACCAUGCACCCGGAGCUCGCGCGCCCACCCAACGAGCAUAAGCAGGCCGAGGCCAUCUACACCGCUGCAAGCGGCGAGAUUAAGUUCCCGGUGCCACCCCCUCCUCCUCGAUCCCCUCAGAGAAACGAGUUCUGGCGCCCCUGUCGCUCAUGCUACCCCACUGCAGAGGACCAAUGGAAGUGCCCCAUUCCUGUGCCGCGUUUCGAGGUUCCGGCUGAACGCGACUCCUGUCUGCGCACCGAUGGGCUCUGCCCCGACGGUCACAGGCUGUGUGCGGGAUGCGAUCGCCUCUCCCCUGCCGGUGGGCCCUCCAGUUCGACAUGCGGCAUCUGUGGCGAAGGGUUCUGUGGCGACGCCUUGAUGGGCUGCGAAUGUGUCGCCGUCUCCAAGUCUGUACCAACUCCCCAGUACGGCAAUCUUGGCUACAUUCUGGAGGACUGCCCCACAGACAUGUUGUCGAUGGCGUUCAAGGACAACUGGACCGAGAUGUCCCACCUCGGUGCCUACCUCAGUGCCGACACCGAGGCCCUCAAGCCCGUAGCAAUCUACCGGUCCAUCCUCGAGUGGCUCCGGACACCCGAAGCCAUCGAGUCUGGCGGUAUUCUCGGUCUCAUGAACCGAGCCGAUAUCAACCUCCGCCUACGCACCGGCAUGGCAGACGAGAUGCAGCUUGCCAUCACCGCGGUUGGCGACGAGCAGACUGAGGCCAAGAUCUGUGGCGGCUGCGCAGACGAGAUCCUCUGCGCCGGCCUUGUCGAGUGGUGGAUGAGGGAGCUGGCCAAGCCCGAGGUUGCGAGCACCCGCCCAGCUGCAGUCUCAGGACGGCCAAACUGCAAGCACGGUCGCAAGUGCACUCGCCAGGAUAGCGAGCAGCAUGCCAAGAAGUACAACCACAUCUGCGAGCCCCUGCCCGAAAACGAGGCGAACCAGCUCCACCAGGAUGACACGCCGACGGUUCAGGCCGAGCCACAGGUCAACCAUGCCUCAUCAUCAAGUGCAUCCGACUCUGACGACGAGGACGAGUCUGAGAAGCCGACCUAUGCCACCGCCUCGACUCAGUACGAGGCCAGCCCUGAGGGCUCUGUCGUUAUCGGUCGUAGCAAGGAAGGCAUCCAGGCCGUGUGGAAGGCGGCGGCGGCGCCGGUGUCUGCCGCCUCAUCCUCAGUCCCGUCGUUACCCGCCCCGGCUCCGGCGUUUGCAAUCUCAAACCUCGUUCACUCGCCGAAUGCCAGCCGCUCUACGGCUGCUGGACCAUCUUCAGCCUCGGACCCUGCAAGCUACCAGACUUCAUUCUCGACCUUAAGAGUUUCGGGCUCGACUUCGUCGUCUCUCACUACUGGGACGCCGAACGGCUGGACUCUUCGCCGCGAACACACGCCGCCACCACUCGGCACGUUGUUCGCCAACAACACGAUUCUUGGUGGCGGUCCAGGUUCAUCCCCUGCCAUGAGUGGCACUUCGAAGUUAUCGUUACCGCCAUUGUCUCGCCCACAGUCUCACUUUGGUCUCGGCGGGGAGCCUCCGGCUAUCUUGACUGGGUCGUCGUCUCACCAGAGAUCGUCAGCCAUGGAUCUCGAUCCCUAGGCGCGACGAGCAGCAUUUGCUGUUCUAUUUGGGCGCUUUGUUCCACGCACGAGUCACGAGUCACAGCGUCGGCUGCCCAGCUUCCGAUGGACACCUUCCUCCCCCCCAAUCAACCUUGUUGUACAUAGCCACCAUGUUUGUCCACCCCACACACCAUGAUCAUUGUCACGCCAACCCCCCACACCCAAGAGAGAGAGACCACCCAACCUGUCUGUCAUGAUGAAGAUGCAUGACAUGUAUACC